AUGGCUUUGGUCACUGCACCUUUAACUGGUAAGAACAUUUUAGCCUGGAGUAGAUCUCUUAAAAUUGCUCUAGGAGCUAAAAUGAAGUUGGGACUCAUAGAUGGGAGUUAUAAGGUACCAGAAAAGGAUUCACCAAUUUAUGAUCAAUGGAAUAGGGUUAACUGUAUGGUAACCUCCUGGAUUUUAAACUCAAUAUCAAAGGACCUAGUAGAAGCCUUCUUAUACACUUCUACUGCAAGAGAGCUUUGGUGUGAAUUAGAGKAAAGGUAUGGAGASAGUAAUGGACCUCUUCUCUACCAAAUACAGAGGGAAAUUAGUUCCAUUACUCAGGGAAUGAUGACUGUUACACAGUAUUAUACUAGACUUAAGAAACUUUGCGAUGAGUUGACUGUUUUAAUGCCAAUACCUGAAUGCACAUGUGGAUCUGCAAAGGCAGUAGCAGAUCUCACAUCUUUUAAUCGUCUAAUGCAAUUUCUAAUGGGGUUGAAUGAUAUUUAUGAUCAUAAUAGAAGUCAAAUUUUACUAAUGGAUCCCUUGCCCUCAGUCAAUAAAGCAUACUCAAUGAUAACAAGGGUUGAGAAGYAGAAGGAGGUUCAAGUUUCUUAUGUGGAACCUAAUGAGAAUGCAGYUAUGCUAGCUAGAACACAGAUGCCUAGGAAGGAUGGAGGAAACAAGGGAAAUACAAAGAGAAAUGAAGUGACCAAAGAAGAGAAGAAGCAGCAAUAUUGUACUCACUACAACACUAAUGGUCAUCUCAAGGAAUCAUGCUUCAAGCUUAUUGGAUAUCCAGACUGGUACAAGCAACUCAGAGACCAGAAGAGAAAGGAGUCAGGGACAAGAAAUGAAAUAGGAGGAAAAUAUGCAGCAAACUUGGUGGAUACACCAUUGGAAGUGAACACUAAAACUAGUAUAGGAAAAGGACUUGACUAG